UUACACCAAGUCCGCCUCGGCGCGCUCACGCUCGCCCGGUACUCUCCCGAUAUACACAUAUACCUACAACAAAUCCCCAUGAUCGGAACGUCGUGACGCCGACGCCGACGCGAUGACACCCCAAUCCGUCCCCGUGUUGCACUACACCAAGCAGCCCCUGCUCGAGCCCAACCGGUACGCGGCGGUGUUGAGCUCCUGCGGGCGACCCCGCAGGGCCGGAAGGGCCGCCAAGGACAGGAGGAUCAAGUGCGUGAUCGUGGGCGAUAAGGCCGUGGGGAAGACCUCGCUGGCCGUUUCCUACAGCAAUGACUGUUUUCCUAGUGAAUACGUGCCGACUGCCUAUGAUAAUUAUAAUGUUGAAGUGCAGGUGAACGGCAAGCCUGUCAGGGUGGAACUCUGUGAUACGACCGGAGAGGACGAACUCAACCCUCUCAGGAACCUCUGCUACCCGGGCGCCGACGUCUUCAUGCUCUGCUUCUCCGUCGUCAAACCCAGCUCGUUCAUCUCGGCGUGCACCCGCUGGGCGGACGAGCUCGCCCGCCACGCCGUCCCCGUCGUGCUGGUCGGCACCCAGGCCGAUCUGGCCUGCAACCAGGAGGCGCUGGGCCGGCUGAAGCGCUCCGGCCAGCGGCCCGUCUCGCCGGCGGAGGCGCGCGGCCUGGCCGAGCGCCUCGACGCGCCCUACGUGGAGACCUCCGCCUUGGCCUGCACCCAACUGAAGGAGGCCUUCGAUACGGCCAUAUUGGUCGCGCUGCGGCGGCAGGAGAGGACGGGGAACCGCUGGAGGCGGCUGUUCUGCUGCUUGGGGUAGCGCUGCAAGGGUUAUCGAAUUGCUUGGAAUUGUUUGGAUCGAAUUGCUGUUGGUUGGGUUAUUGUGUGUCGGAUUUAUA